AUGGGGAGGAUCCCAUGUUCUGAUGAAGGCAUAGCAUUGGCCAACAUGAUGAUGGAUGUGAUAUUUGUGACAAAUAAUUCUUCUUUCUUUUUCCCCAGACUUUAUUGUUUUACUCUUGCUAUUAUGGUGAAGAAAAAGGGAAAAAUUUCCAGGUUUUUUGAUGUGAGAAGCACAUUUUUCUUGGAAAUCACCAUCGGGAUCACAGCCAACACUGUCCUGCUUCUGUUCCACAUCCUCACAUUUCUCCUCAAGCACAGGCCCAAGCCCCUGGACCUCACUAUCACACAGCUGGCCCUGAUCCACCUCGUGUUGGUGGGAACCAUGGGCUUUAUAGCUACAGACAUUUUUGAGUUUCAGGGUUCGUUGGAUGGCCUCAUGUGUAAAUUGGUUAUCUACGUGCAAAAGUUGAUGAGGUCUCUCUCCAUCUGUACCACCUGCCUACUGAGUGUCCUCCAGGCCAUUACCUUAAGCCCCAGAAACUCGUGUUUAGCAAAGUUCAAACAUAAAUCCUCACAUCACUACCCAUGUUACCUUGUGUUUCUAUGGGUAUUCAAUAUGAUCCUUAAUACUCGUUUCUUAGUCUCCAUUGAUGCCAUCCCCAAUGUGACCUCACACAGUCUCGUGUUUGUCACUGAAUCCUGCUCUCAAAGGCCUAUUACUUACUUGUUCAGGUACAUAUUUCUCUCACUGGUGAAUAUUCAGGAUAUCUCCUUUAUAGGGCUGAUGGCUCUCUCAAGUGGAUACAUGGUGAGUCUCUUAUGCAGGCAUAAAAGGCAGUUCCAGCACCUUCACAGCACCAAUCUUUCUCCAAAAGCAUCUCCAGAAGAAAGGGCCACUCGGAGCAUCCUGCUGCUCAUGGGUUUCUUUAUGCUCAUGUACUUUUUGGACUGUGCUACUUUCUCAUCCCGUGCAAUAUUGCAGAACAAUGACCCAAUUAAUCUUUGUGUCCACAUGCUUGUGGGCAACGGCUAUGCCACAAUCUGUCCAUUUGUGCUGAUGAGCUCUGAAAAACGGGUAAUUGCGUGCUUAAGAUACAGAUGGAAAAGACUACGAAUUUUCUAG